GAGUGUUUCUGUCAAGAGCUGUGAUGGAGGAAAGUGAACUGCGCCAGAAGCGAACCUUAGCCAGAGACUUCCUGCAGUUUCUGCAGAAGGAGGUGCAGAUGAGAGAGGAUGCAGCUGCACAAGGGACACCAGCCGCCAGCCCAGCUGUUCACCAGAGUCAGCCGUCCCAGCCGAGAUCAGCGAGGUCAGCCACCAGUGUCCUCAGGAUACAAGGACAGUCAGACGCCAACGUGGACAGGGAGAGCACCUGUUGAGCUGCCGCCUGGAGGUGAAGUGACUGGGCACGCCUCUGCCGUCGGCCCGUCCGUCCAGUCGCCCAGCGCAGCUGCCGUCCAGCCGCCCUGCCAAGCCACCAGCCCUGGUGAGGGUAAGCGCCUUUACAAUGUGAACGCUCAGAGCAGCUGCUUUGUUCAGACCGUGUUGGUAGAGGUCAGUGGACCGGGAGGUGUGUGCCAGGUGCGCGCACUCAUCGAUGGAGGCUCUGACUCUUCGUUCAUCAGGUCGUCUCUAGCAGAGAAGUUGGGCCUGGAGACUGAGGAGCAGGGAGUCUUCGCCUGCGUCGGGUUCUUGGAGAGGACUGAGGAGGCCAGAGUCUACGACCGAGUGUCAGUUAAGUUGACUGGCAGACAAGGAGGUGAGGCCACACUGUCUUUUUGGAAAACUGAUCGCCUGUGUGUACCUGUUGGGACGUACAGCCUGCCUGAGAACCUGUCGCUGCCCCCAAGUGUCGUGCUCGCUGACGACUACCGUGAGGGGCCUGUGGAUCUGUUGAUCGGGUGUGAUCAGAUCUACCAGGUUGUGAUGUGGGACCAAAAGGAGGUUGGGCCCGGACUGCGCCUGAUUGAGACGGUGUUUGGUCAUGUUCUUCAUGGGCAGGCACAGAACCAGCAGACCGGACAGAGGCGCGUCUACCGCUGUCAGUUGGCCGACGUGGAGAGGAUGUGGAGCCUGGACGCCGUGGGAAUCUCGGCGAAGGAGACUGCAGACGAGGUGCCACCUGAGCCGACCUGGAACCCAGAGGAACAGCGCUACGAGAUGGGUCUGCUCUGGAAGUCGGACAACAGGCCGGCCUCCAACCUGGCGUCUACGGAGCUACGCACCCGACGGCUGGUCUCCAAGAUGAGUACCGAUGAGCUCGACAGGUAUGAUCGUCAUAUCUCCGAGUUGAUUGCGAACGGUGUGGUUGAGGAUGCUCCUCUCACAGAUGACCCUGAUGACGCCUUCUUCCUGCCGCACCGGGGUGUUGUCCGGGGUGAUAAAUUGAGAGUGGUCUUCGACGGGUCCGCUCCUGAUGCCACCGGGAGGAGCCUAAAUGAAUAA